AAUAGAGGGGGAGAGGAGAGAAAAAGAGGAGAGAGGUUAUUUCUUGUAACCGAAUCCAAGAAUCGGUUGAUGGACUUCCUUCUCCGAACCGCUUCGAGAAAGUCCGGAGACCGCCUCUCUCUUUUCCCCCAAAUCUAGCUAAGGUUUCGAAUUCUUUCAGCUUUUCUCGUGCGAUUUCUUUCGAGUCCUGCCUUGGACCACCGACCGCGAAGGCGAGAGGCAGUGGGAAAUUAGGGUUAGGGUUCGCUGUCGCUUCUCAAAUGCUCUUCCAUUCGGGCGUCCGCGAGAAUGAGCCAGGGUUCGGCGAAUCGGAGAUCGGCUUACCUUACCGCGCUUGCCCAAGAGAUCGAGAGAAAGCUUCAGCGGGCGUUGAACUAUCCGUCGCAGAGAGCUGACCUGUUACAACAGUUGCUUGCUGAUAUAGCUUUGGAGAUAGAUGAUCGAGCUCGAGACAUAAUUGUCAGUAGGAAUGAAGAUGGAAUUGCCAGAGCAGAUGAUAGAAUGGAUAACUGCCUGUGCUUUUAUGAAGUUCUUGCUGAUCACUAUGUUAGGGUACCUGAAGAUGGGAAGCACAUUCUUGAUUUGAUUGUUCAACUCUGGAGCCAUUCUUUUGUGUCACAUAUAUUUGCCCUUCUAUUCCACAAGUGGUUGUUUGAAGUUCCUAUUGAAAAUACUGAAGCCUUGCUACGUUAUGGAUCUGCACUUGUUCAGGGUGCUAGAAAUGUUUUCUGGAUUGAUAUACAAACAAAUACGAGGCGAUUUUUAUCCUUGUUCUGUUAUCUUCUUGAAGAGGUUGCACUGGUCCCAGAACGGAGCAAUAAAAUUUCUUUGCAGGCCCGUCGAGACCUGUUUUUACUCAUAUCCAGAUUCUUAUUUUUUUACAACUUAGAUGACUUUCUUGAAAUUCUUCUACAGCAGUUUCCUACUUUUCCAAAUUCUUUUUUUGUUGGUGGUCCAGCAGACAUAUUUGUUAUUGAGCUUACAGAUCAGCUUCAGAAGCUAAAAGUGGAGCCAGUGCUUCUGCAUUACCUUUCUCACAUGAGUGCCCUACAAGGAUUAGAACUGAGGAUGAGUACAAGCACAAGAUUGAAGUCAUGCCUCUACAGCUUCACAUCUCCUGGGGGUCCUAUGUAUCCAACAAGGGCUGUACGCCAUGCAGCCUGGGAUAUACUGGAUUUUCUUUUCCCUGUUGGACAGUACCCACGGCAUGUUAUUAGCCUUUUUUUCCGGCUGCUGUAUCCUUGGUGUUGGCCCUCAUCUUGCUGGAAUUUCAUUAUGACGUGUGUCAGAACUGUUAUAUACUAUAUAUUGAGGUUGAUUAUUUCUAGUUGGGAAAGCAUAAGAAGAUCUAAGAAUGCAUAGCGGCAUUUAUGAUAUACUGACUUGGAGAGUUGGAAUUACGUUGGGAGGGUAUCAGCAUUACUCAAUGUUGUAUCUUGCUUUUUGCUUGUAAUAUGGUACUCUUUAUUCUGCCAAGCACGAUAAAGGUUGAUCGUACACUUGUUUAUUGUGAGUUAGGUAUUCUGAUUUUCUUGA